AUGGAGGCUGAACAUUCCACACCCCUGCAGGAGACUAUAGUUCCUCGAACACACCCCAAGGUGACACUUCGAAAUCCAGAGCAGGUUCAGGCUCAGCAUCAAACCUUGACUGACGUCACAGUUCAACCUUUGGACCUGGAACUUACGUUAACUCUGGAAUCCAGUGUGGAGGUUGAACUUUCUCAGCCGGAACAGAAUGCCACCACAAACAUCAGCAUAUGUGAGCUCUGUAGCUGCAAAAAUGAGACGCUGUCGUGUGUUGGUCUCAGCCCAAAGCAGAAGCUCCACAGAGUGCCUGAGCCAGAGCCUAACGCCUACAACGGCACCUUCACCAUCCUAAAUUUCCAAGGAAACUCUAUUUCUUACAUUGAUGAAAGUAUAUGGAAGGCAUACCGCUGGGCUGAGAAGCUAAAUCUCAGUGAAAAUUAUUUGACUGAAUUACAUAAAGACUCAUUUGAAGGCUUGCUACCCCUCCGAUAUUUAGAUUUAUCCUGCAAUAAGAUACAGUCUAUCGAAAGACGUACAUUUGAACCACUACCUUUUUUGCAGUUUAUAAAUCUUGGUUGCAAUUCACUCACAGAACUGAGCUUUGGAACGUUUCAGGCCUGGCAUGGAAUGCACUUUUUACACAUGUUAAUUCUCAAUCGUAAUCCUUUGACAACAGUUGAAGAUUCUUAUCUUUUUAAAUUGCCAGCAUUAAAAUAUUUAGACAUGGGAGCAACACAAGUGUCACUUACAACAAUUGAAAGCAUCCUCAUGAUGACCCUUGAACUAGAAAAACUGAUCUUACCUAGCCGUAUGGCCUGCUGCCUCUGCCAAUUUAAAAAUACUAUUGAGGUUGUCUGUAAGACAGUCAAGCUGCGUUGUGACAGUGAAUGCCCGACAGACAUGACACGUUGUGAUGAAGAAACAUCUAAUCAGAAUGCAGAAGGAUCGUUGAUGAAGGUGUUACAAGCCCGCAAGAAGAACAACACCACUGAGCUAACUAUUGAGUCAGAGAGGGUGUUGUCAGAUAAAAGUGCUAUCAGCUUGUCAGGCUUCAGGAGGCUCACAUCCCCGGGUGAUCAAGUUGAAACUCAGCUAAACCAGCAGCUACGGUCCCUCAUCCCCAACAAUGACGUACGAAGGCUCAUUUCUCAUGUCAUCCAGACUUUAAAGAUGAACUGCUCAGAGACCCACGUGCAGCUGGCCUGUGCCAACCUCAUCUCUAGAACAGGCCUCCUGAUGAAGCUUCUCAGCAAGCAGCAAGAAGUAAAUGCGUCCAAAGCAGAAUGGUAUACGGACGAGUGGAAAGCUGACAACUAUAUCAGUGAGAGCACAGAAGCCCAGAGUGAGCAGAAAGGGCAGGAGUCAAGUGAGCUCACAAAAGAAGUUCCAAGAUAUGGCUAUAACAGCAAACUCAUCUUGGCAAUAUCCAUGUCGGUAGUAGUGACAAUUUGGGUUAUAAUUCUCUGUCUCAUUGAGCAAGUAGCCUUCGAUUGUGUGAUUGUGCUUUAG